AUGGAGAAGAAGGUGGCUUUGGUGUUGUCGUUGAUGCUGCUUUUUUCGGCGUUGGUUUUAGUUUCAGCUGAGGAAGCACCAACCAUCGGACAGAGGUUAGACACAGCCACGAACGAUGUUACCAAAUUCUUCAAUGAACAUGCCGGUCCUGCCGUCGAUACCGUCUCCUCCACCGCCAAAUCCGUCUUCAACUGGUUUGGUGAUAAAGCUAAGGAAUGGGGACUCUAA